CAAGGUAAUUUUCAUUUCUUCGCAGCAACCAAUGUAAUUUUUCUUUCUCUCGAAUCCUUCCCGAAGAAAAGGAGAAUCAAUUCUGUUUGUUGGCGGCCGUAUACGAUUUCGAUUCUUUUAUACUAUGUGGAUGAUUUAAACUUCGAUUAAGUUGCAGAACGAUUAUUAUAACCAUCUAAUCAUGGCGGAGGACGAAAAUCAGAUUGAGGUGAAAGAGGAGGUUAAGGAUGAAGGAGGGGAUAUUGCUCCAUUUGACCCUUCAAAGAAGAAGAAGAAGAAGAAGCCAGUGGCUCAAGAACUAGCUGAAGAUGAUUCUGUUGAUACCAUAGCUGAGAAAACUGAGAGCUUGUCUGUUUCUGAUGGUCUUGAAACUUCAUUUGCUGGUCUAAAAAAGAAGAAGAAAAAAGCGGCACAUACUGAUCUGAAUGAAGAAAAAGAAACCGUUGGAGAAGAUGUGGAUGAUACAAUUGGAGAGGAUGAGGAAGGAGAAGGAAUUGUUUUGCAACAAAAUACAUGGGAAGGAAGUGAUCGGGAUUAUGAAUAUGAGGAGCUUCUUGGGAGGGUUUUCAACAUUCUUCGUGAGAAUAACCCUGAGCUUGCUGGGGAUAGGCGCAGGACAGUUAUGAGACCUCCUCAAGUACUUCGUGAAGGCACAAAGAAAACUGUUUUUGUGAAUUUUAUGGAUCUCUGCAAAACGAUGCACAGACAACCAGAGCAUGUAAUGACUUUCCUUCUGGCUGAAAUGGGAACAAGUGGAUCUCUUGAUGGACAACAAAGAUUGGUUGUUAAAGGGAGGUUUGCUCCUAAGAAUUUUGAGGGAAUCUUGCGACGCUAUAUUAAUGAGUAUGUCAUAUGCAAUGGUUGCAAAAGUCCUGAUACUAUUCUUUCAAAGGAGAACCGUCUCUUCUUCCUCAGAUGUGAGAAGCUUGGAUGCGUCUCCAUCACAUUCUCCAUUGACUUCAUUGAGACAAUAUAUUCUGUAAUUCUAUGCUCAGGUGGCUUUUGUUAGUAUAAUUGUACGAGCCAUAUAGAUAGAAUUGGGGCACUAAACUGAUUAUUUUCAUAAAUCAUAUGUAAUUUUCUGUUAGUAAACUGAUUGUGUUUAGCGUAUUCUCCCGAGGCCUGUGAUGAUCUAAUUAUUUGCCUACAUUGUCUGAUUUCUCUAGUUGAAGAGUCUUUUUGUAAUAUGUCUGAGGCCUCGAGGGAAAGUUAGACAAUUUUCAAAAACACUGUCAACCUCUUGGAACACCAUUUUUAUUGCUCUCUAGAUUCUAAUAGUGAAACUCUGAUUCUUCACAUUUUAUCUCAUUUACCCUAGUUUUCUUCCCAUGACUUGUUGGGACAGUUUUUCUGUAAUGCUAUGCUUAUUAUUCGUAUAAUAGUAGAAGCCUAUAGACAUUUGUACGUUCUAAAA